AUGGAUGCUGGCAAAAUAGUGAGAAGCGCGAAGCGGCACGUGGGCUACUGGCGCCCCAGUGACACGGGCACGCCACGGACUCUAGCAAAACAGUACAGCCUCAACACUACCGAGGCUGAGGUGAAAGAACUGCUGUUGAAGCUUCUUCCCAACAUAUCACACUGGACAGAGGACUACAUGAGCUCCAAGCCUCACGCUAAUGGAAAGCAGGGUUUACUAGUGACAGCAGUGAGGGACAUUGAGGAUAACUACUGGUGCCCGCGCCUCGGUAUCAAGGGCAAGGUGGAUGCAACACUAGAGGUCAAGGUUCACAACAAGCGGCGAGUGCUGCCGCUCGAGCUCAAAACUGGACGACACACCUUCUCUUCCGAACACAAGGGUCAGGUUAUCUUGUACACGAUGAUGAUGGCAGAACGACAGGCUGGAGAUGUGGAAGAGGGCCUCCUGCUCUACAUUCGCGACUGUGUGGACAUGCAGCGAGUGCCUUCCAGGCAUGCUGAGCGCAGGGACCUGCUGCAGAGGCGCAAUGAGCUAGCCUCCUACUUGGCUGAUGCCACCGGUGCCCUGCCUGCACCCAUCGAUAGCCAGCGCUUCUGUCCAAAGUGCCCCUAUGCCACAACCUGCUCCAUCUACAGGAGAAACUCAACUGAAGGUACAGUGUCGCAGCUGGAGAGACCGCCAGAGCCACAGUUUGUUGCGGACAGCGUCAAGCACUUGAGCGCUGAGCACACACGCUACUUCAUGGAUUGGUGCGCCAUGUUGGAUAUGGAAAUGAAGCAUGCUAAGCUUGACCUUCAAGAUCGCUUCUGGGUGGAAGACGCUGCAAAAAGGGAACAUAAGGGCCUUUGCUUCAGUAACGUGGAACUUGCCAAGAAUCUGGAGGUUUCAUACGUCAGUGACCAAGCCUCCUUCCGGCACACUUUCUGCAGAAAGGCUCACCUUGGCAGGCAUAGCAUGAGUAGUAGCUCUUCAUUGGGAAGCUUCACAAAGUGCUUUGGCCUACAUGUGGGCGAUCGUGUUGCCGUUAGUGAACAGGAGAGCUUGACCUGCGUUGCGGUGGCUACGGGUUCUGUGACCAGCAUAGCCAACGAUGAGGUGGUGCUGGACUUGGACAAGAACAUGCACUCCUGCCAAGAGUGGAAGACAAAGACAUUCCGCGUCGACAAGAUGUUCUCAUCAGCUUCAUUCACCAUCAGCUAUUCCAACUUGGCGAGGCUCAUGUGUGCUGAGCCCGAGUCCGACAGGCUGAGGUCGCUGGUCAUUGACCUAUCCAGUGCCUUGUACCGCAAGACCUUGCCCAAGGAGAUAGCUGUUUCGUGCCAUGCCGUGCUCAAGCCCCUGAACCAAUUCCAGCGCCGAGCCAUUCUCAAGUUUCUGACGAGCGACGAUUACAUACUCUUCAAGGGAAUGCCAGGAACAGGCAAAACCACUACUAUUGCUGCGUUGGUUCAAACCCUGGUGCUUCUCAAAAAGCGGGUCCUAUUGACAAGCUAUACACACAGCGGCGUGGACAGCGUUUUGCUGAAGCUAAAGGCACGUGGUGUGCCCUUUGUGAGACUCGGUGCAACCAGCAAGGUUCAUCCGGACGUCAGAGAGUUCAGCUCAAGCAACCUGACGGCAGCCAUCACUACCACUCGGGGACUACAGGAGUUUUACGAGAGCCAACUUGUAGUUGCCUGCACUUGUCUGGGCUCGGGUCAAGGACUACUCAAGAGGCUGCGCUUCGAUGCGUGCAUUGUGGACGAGGCUUCUCAGGCUUUACAACCUGCCUGCUUGGGACCUCUUUUCCUGGCUCGUUCCUUUGUACUUGUCGGCGACACUCAGCAAUUGCCACCAGUGGUGCAAAGUGAGGAUGCGAGAAAGAAAGGCAUGGACGUCAGCUUGUUUGCAAGGCUGGAAAGACCAGAGAACACAGUUGUACUACCCGUUCAGUACAGGAUGAACAGAGAGAUCACUACUGUGUGUAACAAGCUGACCUAUGCUGGCCAACUGGAGUGUGGUUCCGACGAUGUAGCCAAUGCAAGCCUGUCAUUGCCCAAUCUUUCGUCCACAUUGAGUCAUGUUCUGCCUACGGAUUGCUGGAUCUUGAAGGCCAUUUCCACAGAACUAAAGAACUCAGUUGUGUUCGUGUGCACCGACGAUCUGCCACCAAGCCAAGAGGGAGACUGCAGCAGCAGCAAGGGCACUGCUAGUGGGAUCGAAGUCACCAUUAUAGUGCAGCUAGUUCGCGUUUUGCUCAAGGGAGGACUGCCUCCGGAAGAAGUUGGAGUGAUCACCCCGUUCCGAAACCAAGUGCAGCUCUUGAAGCAAGCUGUCUCUAGUGUAGCGCAAGUGGAUAUCAGUACAGUGGACCAGUUUCAGGGCAAAGAGAAAAGCGUCGUCCUGCUGUCCUGCGUGAAGAAGUAUGAGGGAGAAAGCAAGGACACUGAAAUCCUGAAUGAUCAGAGGCGCCUCACUGUGGCCGUGAGUCGGGCAAGGCACAAGUUGAUCAUCGUUGGCAGCAGUUCAACACUGAGAAAGUACAAGCCAUUCGAGAAGCUACUGAGUUUUCUGCGGGAAGACCAGUUUAUGAGGCUGCAAAGUGGAGAUGAAUCUCACUACAAAGAAAGUGUUCUGGAAAAUUAACAACAAAAGGU